AUGUUUGUCAACAAGCGAGGCCGCAAAGAACCGGUUGCAUUUGACAAGAUCACUUCCCGUAUCCUAAAGCUGUGCUAUGGCCUCGACAUGAACUUUAUUGAUCCUGUACAGGUCACUCACAAGGUCAUCUCUGGUGUGUACAUCGGUGUCAGUACCAUUGAACUCGACAACCUGGCUGCCGAAACUGCGGCAUACAUGACGGUGAAGCACCCGGACUAUGCGAUCCUGGCUGCUCGCAUCGCAGUGUCGAACCUGCACAAGGAAACAAAGAAGGCCUUCUCACAUGUCAUCAAGGACCUCUACGAGUACAUCAACCCCAAGACGGGCAAGCACGGUUCCAUGAUCGGCGAAUCCACCUACUCAACCAUCAUGGCCCACGCCGACCGACUCGACUCGGUCAUUGUCUACGACCGCGACUUCAACUACAAUUACUUUGGUUUCAAGACCCUCGAGCGUUCUUACCUCCUCAAGAUCAACGGCAAGAUUGCAGAGCGUCCCCAGCACCUCCUCAUGCGUGUCGCGGUCGGAAUCCAUGGCGAGGACAUUGAUGCCGUUAUCGAGACUUACAACUACAUGUCUGAGAAGUAUUUCACCCACGGCUCUCCUACCCUCUUCAACGCCGGUACUCCUCGCCCUCAGAUGUCGAGCUGCUUUCUUCUAACCAUGAAGGAUGAUUCGAUCGAGGGGAUUUACGACACCCUCAAGACCUGUGCCAUGAUCUCCAAAACCGCCGGCGGCAUUGGCCUCAACAUCCACAACAUCCGAGCCUCGGGGUCGUAUAUUGCUGGCACCAAUGGGCACUCGAACGGUCUCAUCCCCAUGCUCAGGGUCUUCAACAACACUGCCCGCUAUGUCGAUCAAGGUGGCAACAAGCGUCCUGGUGCAUUCGCCAUGUAUCUUGAGCCUUGGCACGCCGAUGUCUUUGAUUUCUUGGACCUCCGCAAGAACACUGGCAAGGAAGAGAACCGCGCUCGCGAUCUGUUCUUUGCCCUCUGGAUCCCUGAUCUGUUCAUGAAGCGUAUUGAGGAGGACGGUGACUGGUCCUUGUUCUGCCCCGCCGAAGCGCCCGGUCUUCAGGAUGUCUGGGGUGAAAAGUUUGAGACACUCUACACGACCUACGAACGCGAGGGUCGAGCACGCCGGACUAUCAAGGCCCAGAAGCUGUGGUAUGCGGUCCUGGAGGCACAGACCGAGACGGGCAACCCCUACAUGCUCUACAAGGAUGCCUGCAACCGCAAGUCGAAUCAACAGAACCUGGGCACCAUCAAGUGCAGCAACCUAUGCACCGAAAUUAUUGAGUACUCGAGCCCCGACGAGAUUGCAGUCUGUAACCUGGGCAGUCUUUCGCUCCCUGCCUUUGUCGAGAACGAGACCACGUACGACUUCAAGAUGCUGCACAAGAUCACCAAGGUCCUAACAAGGAACCUGAACAAGGUCAUCGAUGUCAACUAUUAUCCUGUCCCCGAAGCUGCCAACUCGAACAUGCGCCAUCGUCCUGUCGGUCUGGGAGUCCAGGGUCUGGCUGACGCGUUCAUCAAGAUGCGGAUGCCCUUUGACUCUGUCGCGGCCCGCAAGUUGAACGUCCAGAUCUUUGAGACCAUUUACCAUGCUGCUCUUGAGACAUCGUGUGAACUGGCUCAGGAGGAAGGCCCUUACACAACCUAUGAGGGCUCACCCGUCUCCAAGGGGAUUCUGCAACCCGACAUGUGGGGUGUCACCCCAACGGACCUCUGGGACUGGACUACCCUCCGCGCUAGCAUUGCCCAACACGGAGUUCGCAACUCGCUCCUUGUCGCACCUAUGCCCACCGCAUCGACGUCCCAGAUCCUGGGCAACAACGAGUGUUUUGAGCCCUACACGUCCAACAUCUACACCCGUCGCGUCCUAGCAGGAGAGUUCCAGAUCGUUAACCCCUGGCUGUUGAAAGACCUAGUCGAACGAGGACUCUGGAAUGACGCCCUCAAGAAUCGAAUCAUGGCCGAGAACGGAUCCAUCCAACGGAUCGCCCACCUCCCCGAGGACCUCAAGCUGCUCUACCGGACCACGUGGGAGAUCCCCCAGAAGGCGAUUAUUGAUAUGGCGGCCGACCGUGGCGCGUUCAUUGAUCAGUCGCAGUCGUUGAAUAUCCAUAUGUCCGAUGUUAACUAUGGCAAGUUGACCAGCAUGGCGUUCUAUGGGUGGAAGAAGGGUCUCAAGACCGGGAUGUAUUAUCUUAGGACCAGGGCUGCUGUUGACGCCAUCAAGUUUACAGUCGAUUCCUCUGCUCUUGAUUCGACCAAGGCUGCCGCUCUUGGCGGUGUUGUUGGUUCCGGCGGUGAUGAUGGUGUUGAGAGGAGCGAGAAAGAGGUCAAGGAGGCGAAUGAGGCGGCGAUGGCCUGUUCUAUUGACAACCGUGAUGAUUGUAUUGCCUGCAGUGGAUAA